CUAUGCAUUAUUAUGUAUUUCAGAAGAUUGUGAAUGGAAGUUUAAGGCUUCAAGCAUUAACAAAUCAGAACUAUUCAAAGUAAGAGAAUUCAAUGAUAACCAUACAUGUCCGCUGAAGGACAAGGUGUAUGAGCAGCGGCAGGCUAGUAGAAGCCUUAUAGGUGGUAUGAUUAGGCCUAAGCUUACUAACCAUAAGAGAAAAUACACCCCAAGGGAUAUUAUUGAUGACGGGAAAUCAGAUUUAGGUGUAGAUGUUAGCUACAUGUUGGCGUGGAGGGCUAAAGAAAAGGCAAUGAAUUUUUUGAGAGGUGAACCGGCUGAUUCAUACAAAAAAUUACCAGGAUACUUAUAUAUAAUGGAUAUGACAUAUCCAGGUUCCCACAUCAUAAUGGUAAAAUCUCCAAAAAAUGAAUUCAUGUACGUGUAUAUAUCCUUGUAUGCCUUUAUAAAGGGGUUUGAUCAUUGUAGACCCAUUGUUGUUAUGGAUGGAAGUCACCUAAAAUCUUACUACACCGGGACAUUCAUUUCGGCAAGCACGUUGGAUGGUGCAGGUCAUAUAUUGCCACUAGCAUAUGGUGUUAUUGAUUCAGAGAACGAUGCUGCCUGGACGUGGUUCUUUGAGCAAUUCAAGAUAGCAUACAGUGACAGGGAAAACAUGUGCAUCGUUUCAGAUAGAAAUGAGAGUAUCAUUAAAUCUGUAUCGAGAGUGUAUCCAGAUGUACCGCAUUUUGCUUGUAUAUGGCAUCUAUGGAAUAACGUAUAUAAGAAAUUCAAAAAGAGCCAUGCCAAGUUGAGCGAGAUAUACUUCUCGAUGGCAAAAACAUACACACAAGCUAAAUUUGACAGUUUGAUGGAGAAGGUGGAGAAGGUAGAUAUUAGGGUGAAAGAAUACUUAGAGUUAGCUGGAUACGAAAAGUGGGCUAGGUUGUAUGCACCUGUUAACAGGGGAUGGACAAUGGCGUCAAAUAUUGCUGAGUCAAUCAAUGCCGCACUAGUUUCAGCAAGGGAAUUGUCAAUAUACGACUUCCUCGAAGAAGUUAGGAAGAUGUUUGGACGUUGGAGUUGUAGUAACCGUAAAGAAGCUACACAGACAUACACGACGCUUGGAAAAAAAUACCAGGAUAUACUGAUUUUGAAUGAGGCUAUGUCAACACGUAUGACUGUGGUACCAUCAACUGAAUACUUACAUACGGUUAACGAUGGAGGGAGGAAUUACACAAGCAAGUUUCUAAUGCCAGACGAAUAUUGCUCUAACUAUUACAAACCAAAUACUGUUGUAAUGACAUACGAUGUGCCCGUGUACCCGCUACCGGACAGAAAUGACUGGAAUAUACCAGCACAUGUUGCAGAGGAG